AUGGUGAUCAGUUUCCGCCGCUCUCUCUCCUUCCCCAACCAACCCUUCCACAACCCACCCAAACCCAAAAAAUCCCUCGACAUCAGAUCCACCAGUCUCCCGUGCGCCUGCUCUCACCCGAUCAUUUCCCACCUCCAACACCACAUCUCCGACCUUCAGAACUCCUGGCCCGCCGCCGCAGACUCCCACACAUCCGCCUGGCUGUGUGAUGGCCUCCGCCGCCUCAAGUCCCUCCACGACUCCCUCGACGACCUCCUCCACCUCCCCCAGACGCGCGAAUCCCUCCGCGGCAGCGCCGAAUUGUACUCCAACCUUCUAGAAGACUUCCUCCGUUUCGUCGACGUCCACGGAACCUUCCAGACGCUUCUCCUCCGCCUCGAGGCGGACCACUCCGCCGCCCAGAUCGCCGUCCGAAGGAAGGACACCGUCGCUCUCGCCACGCACUCCAGGAAUCUCAGCAAAGUCGCCAAGGAGAUCGGAACAUUACAACAAAAAAACUAUAGGUUUUUUUUCAGUGGAAAGCUCUCCUCCACCUUGGCCUCCGUCGGGAAAUCGGCGCCCUAUGGCGAAGAGGCGGAGCUCGUGGCUGUGAUCUGUGGCGUGGUAGAGGCGACGGUGACGGUGUCGAAUGCGUGUUUUGGAUCGAUUGCGAGCUCGGGGGCGUUCCGGAAGCUGCCUUCGUGCAUGGGGCUAAUUUUGGGAAGAAAAUAA